CAUGAUCACUUAGUUAAAACACAUUAACCUGUUUUGUUAUACUGUGAGAAACGCAAUUAAACCUUCAUUUUACCUUUCAACCAUAAAUUAAAUGACUCGACGUCCUAAUGUGACUUUUCAAACUUCAAUUUCAUCAAAGAAAUAAUUUGGAAAAAAAUAAUCACUUUAAGUUUACUAUAUCAAAGUAAACUAAGUAUGAAAGUAAAAGACAUUUAUCAUUCGCCAUUGCGCUGGCUGUACACUUGCCGGUGGCGAAUGUGUUAUAACGAAUAAUGGCCGACCUCACGCAUAAAAUGUAAACAAGGAGAAAAAUUACUACGCGUGAGAAAUGCGGUUGUUCUUUCGUCUUAAAUUGUUAUUGUACAAGCUUUUAAUGUCUUCGAUGAAAGGCACAGCGGAAGUGGACGACCCGGGGAGCACGAGAUUCACGGGACCGAAAACGCGGGCUACAUGGACCAUUUCCUGAAUAUUCCCGACAUCUGUCCUAGCGGAGCGGACUACCGUUCAUCGCGCUAUUAUAUGAACUCUUACCAGGCGGAACAAUGCCGCAUGGAAGCGUUGCAGCAACGGAACCACGACCUCCGGAUGGGGCUCCAGGGCCGCCCACCCUUCUACCCCAACAUGAGCGUCGCCUCGAAUUUGACAAACAUCCGCUUCCGGGAUAAUAUGGUGGACGGAUUGCCGAUGAAUAACAACAAAAAUGAGCCCAUGAGCCCUGGAUGCGCCCCUGGGCUCCCUCCCGGUGACGCUGAUGGACCACCGCCCUCCUUUUACCCAUGGAUGUCUAUAGUAGGGCCAAACUCGAAUCAGAGGAGGAGAGGACGACAAACCUACACGAGAUUUCAGACUUUAGAACUCGAAAAAGAGUUUAAAUUUAACAGAUAUCUUACGCGUCGGCGGCGGAUAGAGCUAUCUCAUAUGUUAUGCCUGACGGAAAGACAGAUCAAAAUUUGGUUUCAAAAUCGAAGAAUGAAAGAAAAGAAGGAACUUCAGGCAAUCAAAGAACUCAAUGAGACUGGCCGUGCCGCUGCGUCGCCGGAAUUAAAAACUAAGUCAUCGACGCCAAUGACGUCGACGUCAUCCUCAACAGAGACGCCAGUAGCGAGUUGAAACAUUGCAACAUACUAGACUAGUAGCUGUGAAUGGAUUGAUUUCUAGUUUAAAACAGGUUAAAUGUGCAAAAUAUGACUUGUAGACACUUUGCUCACUGCCGGUAGAAUAUAAAGGGGGCGUCAAAGGGCGCCAUGUUCUUUCUGGUACUUGGCGUCAAAUACCUGCUUAAAGCGCCCAUACGCAAUGACCAGUCGUUCGGAACAUUGUUGACGGGUUAAAUUUCACAACAUCCCAAAUCAUUGAGGAGAGCGAUCCGACUGUUCAUAAUGUAUACAAGGCCAUGUUUCUGGUUUUAGGGCGAGGCUACCAAACAACACCACUCGACACCACUCCAAUCUUAAAAUAAAACACAAAACAAAGACGCCGAAGGCGACGCUAUGAAACCUGGACAUUUGCCAAUUGGUUCCAUAUAAGACUCGGUCAUUUGUGAAAGGGUCCAAACUUUCAGGACAGAUACUUUUGUGUCCUGUUUAAGGCUUGGAUGAAUUUAAAUUUAAGAAAGACAUUCUGAAACAAACGGUUCCGAGGCAAUGUCAUGUAUUCAUAGAUUCUGUCAUGCAUAUUCUGCAGUGUCUGUUUAAAGUGCUGAAAUAGUUAAUUAGACACUCGAGGACUGAACACACCGGUAAAGUGUACAUUUCUGAAACGAAAAAUGACGUUCUUGUACAUGUAUAUCAAUCAUUAUUGUUACAUAAUGAUGCUAUGUAUAUGUAAAAACAGGGUCUUUGUGAAAUUUAAGGUUUAUUAUUGUAAGUUAUUUCAUAGAUAUAUCUCAAUUGAUGUCAUACAUUUUGUCUACGAUGAGCAGACGGGUUGAGGACAUUGUGGGUAGGGUCGUUGGUUCAUCUUCAGUUUGCCAUGACAGUUGCUGUAUAUGUUUAAUGUUUAAUAUUAUUGUGGUUAUUUCCUACCGAAGGUGCACGGGCAUGUUUGUUUGCAACCUUUGGAAUUGCAAGAUGAAAUGUUGUUACCUUGUGUGAAACAACAAAAAAAAUCAAAGAAUAGUACCAUUUUGAAACGAUUCAAAAUAUGUUUGUGCUAAAUAAAUAGUUUACUCUCUGCAAAUAAUUUAAAUAAUAAGAGUGCAUUAAAAUUCAACUGAUAGCCGUUAAAACUGAUACGUUUUUUCUGCAUAAUUUUCAAGGUAAACUCAUUCUCUAUGUUAGUCGUUUUCGUGUUAAUAGAACAGAGCAGAACAUACGUUCAUUAAGAAUAACAGUGAAAAUAUCAACUUGAUAAUAUACACUGUUUUUAAAUUCUCGCCCGUUCUGCUAUCCAAAACAAAGCUGGGAAUAAAAAUCAAAGACGUCAUUUCCAUAAAUGGAAAAAAAACUUCUUCGUUCAGUGUAAGAUCACAAUAUAUUUCACCUCGUGAACACAACAAGUGAAUAUAACUUUUUGAGCUCACUCGAUGAAAUAUAUUACGAUCUUACAUUGAAAACAAACAAUUAUCAUCUAUAAAACUGCUUCAGCGAAAUGGUAUGACACUUCAUUAUCAGACAAAAUAUAUACUAUUUGUUAAACAUACAUUUUUGCAAUUCCAAAGAAGUAAAGGAUCUGUCUACUUAGUGUUCAUAAUAUUUGGUAAUAUUUUUUUCACGUUAUGUCCACUGAAAAAAGUAUGUAUGUUUUUAUUUUUUAUUUUUUGUCUGGCCCGGUCAAGUGUUCAAUUCAUAUGAUGAAAACCCUUUUUGGGGACUGCCAUUUAUUCCUAAGGCAUAAUAUAUUAUGUAUACUUUUUACCCUGUGUGUCUACAUUUGUUCUAGUUUAAAAAAUAUACAUUAUUCCUGUACGUCAUUUAAGUUAGGUGUUAAUAUAUAUUUUAGCUCUUCUCUUUAUUUGUGAUAUACGAGUUAUUUAGGUUUAGUUUAACUACUAGUAUAAGUAUAAAUUAUGACUAAUCAUACGAUAUAAUUAUUACACGACACAUUUAACAUAAUAAAUAUAACAUAUGGUUUAAUAAAACCAAUCAAAAACACGCCUAUUCAGUGCAUGCUAUAAAUCAUACACAUUUGGGAGAGUGUUCUGUAUUUAAGAAAUGGUCAUUAUAAAGUUAAUUAUUUAAAGCUAUGUCAUUAUUUUAAGACGUGAUACACAUUAGCCCCUUAUAUAUAUUUAACUCCUUUUCCGGUUAUAAUUUCAAUUCAAUUCAAUUCAAUUUAUUCAAGUAAACAUCGGCCACCGGCCAAAAAUACACAACAUCCAAUUACAAUAAAAUUGUAGUUGCAACAUAAGAUUUACUUAUUUAUCAUGUUACAGAUGGUAUGCAUAGAUUGCUUACUUAAUAUAUAAUUAUGAUUUUCAGUUGACAUUUAAGAGUAGAAAUCAUUUAAAUCAUUACCAGAUGAAUAGCAAUUUAGAAUAUAUUGUCUACGAAUAAUAUCGAUUAAGGACAUGAAUGAUAUUCACAAUCAAGAACUGUCAAAUGUUUGUUCAGACGAAAUAUACACAGUUUCUCAUGGUUAUGUUUUUCAGUAUAUUUUUCUUGCACAAAAAGGAAAGAUUUAAAUAGAAAAGAGAGGCUAAUGUAUAUCACGUCUAAAUUAAUGAAAUAGCUUUAAAUAAUUAACUAAAUAAUGACCAUUUCUUAAGAACAGAACACUUUCUCCAAAAUUCAUAUCAUUUAUAGUAUGCAUAAACCGAAUAGGCUUGUUUUUGUGUGUGUUUUUUCUUUAAUCUGUUCUUUGGAAAAUGUGUCGAUUAGCUUAAUGAUAUAAAAAUAUGUUAAAUAACAAUACACUAAUUAAUAUACGAUGGAUUUGAGCCUUUUAUACUUUUUAUGCUUUCUAAAUUAGUAUUUUUUUAAAUGUGUAUAACGACGAACUUAAGAGCUACAUUAGUUAUCAAGAAAUGUUUUAAAGCUGCACCCACCUGUUUUAACAACUUUUUUAUAUUUUUUUCUUGGAAAGAGGAUUUUUUGCGUCAAUAUCUGAAAAAUAGGGAUUUAAGGUUACUGACAAAAAAUCAGAUCGUAUAUUUUCAUAUUUCCGUUCGAAAAUUUAUGUUUUGUGGCAUAAACCGUACUAACGGUUCAAGAAAAAUGCAUAAAACAUUAAUUUUUAAACUUAAAUAUAAAAAUCUGCGAUCUAAUAUAUGUCAGCAGUCUUAUAUAACUGGUUUCCAUGGAUAUUCGCAAAAAUUGGCUCGUUCCAAAAAAAAAAAAAAAAAAAAAAAAGUUGUCAACACGUUCAAUCUGUGAGGGUGCAGCUUUAAGAGCCAUAUCAGUAACCAAAAAUGUUUAACACAACUGAUAUCUUAUCUUUUCUUAUUUUCCCUGCUAGGCAGAUCAAUGCAUUUGAGGAAUUUAAAAUAUAACUGCAUUUCUCACAUGAUUGCAAAAUAAUAUUUAUGAUAAAUAUUUCAUGACAAUGUUGUUUGCGUUUGUGGCUGUCUUGUGUUCAAUUUUGUUGUUGAAACAUGUUUGUUCAUUGUUGCGUCCGCUUUUGUUUGAACUGUUUAUUCCACUGUUUAGUUAAGCUAUAUAAUAUUGUAUACUACAUUUGUAUAUUACCUUUGUUUUAAUGCACUGAACUAUGAAAAAUGGAUAAUUGUCUCAUAUGAUUUUCAAAAAACGAGAAGUCGCAACGGUGUUUCAAACACAUUCGUGAUUGCGUUUGUACGGAAACCUACCAGGGCCAUCACCAUCCGCCCCUAGACUUUUGAAAAAAAAACAACGAAGAAAACAUAUAUUUUUCGCAAAAUUGGCAUUUUUUUUUUAAAGAUUGUAGACUUCUUUAUAUAGUAAAACUUCCAGGCAGUCAAUUAAAUUAGAUUUCACCCAUCCAACAAUGGAUAAAGAGUUUGUUUUGUUCACCGGACAAGACUUAAUAAAAAAGAUUCACCAAAGAAAAUUUCAAAUCUCGAAUCUUCUGAUUUAAUUUCACAUGAAUACACAAUGUGUUUUUUAUCCAAAGAACAUACAUUACAAGUUUGAAAAUUGUAACAAACAAAGUUGGCGUUUCUUUUUUAUUGUCAAGUUAUAAGUCGAUGUGUGGGAUCGCAAUGACCCUAAUGGGAUUCCGUACGUUUGUUAUGACAUCUGUUUAAAACAUUGUCACUGGACAUAGUCAAAACCCUUAGUACGAGACUUUACAUAGUACUUAUAUAUACUAAAUUGUAACCGCCCUUUUUUAUAUAAUGAUUCUAAUAUUAAAAUAAAUAUAAGUUUCCUUAUGAUUUAUUUCGAAUCGGAAGUUCAAGUUUUAAUAUUAUUAUUUUUUAAAAGUAAGACGUUUACAGACAUGAAAAACGUGACAAAUUUCUGAAAAAAAAACAACCUGUUCCUCUUCUGACGUUUGACUAACAGUAAAUACUUGUAGGGUAAACUUACAUAACUAUUGCUUGUAUUUAUUUCUAUUACUUUGUUAGACAUGUAUUGAUUCCUAUGUAGCCUGCUGUUCAAUUAGGGUUGGUAUUCAAUAUUGGUCUUUAUUGAAUAUAAGAACGAUGUAGCUAAUCGGAUUACUUAUUAUAAAUAAUAAACCGAUAUAAUGAAUGAAGUCAAUAAUGUAUGACCAUAAGAUUAACCUAAGUCAUAUCUGGAUCUACGACGAUGUAGCUAUUCGGAUUACUUUUAAUAAACAACUAACCGAUAGAAUGAAUGAAAAGUCAAUGAUGUUUGACCACAAGAUAAACUGAAGUCUUAAUUGGAUCUAAGAACGAUUUAGCUUAUCGGAGUACUGACCGAGAGAGUGAAUGAAGCUAAUGAUGUAUGACCAUACGAUUAACUUAAGUUCAAUAUUGAAUACCACGCCUGACAUGGCUUGUAUAUGACAUGUUUGUAAACGUGUGUUUUGCUGUUGACCAUUCCCUUCAUCUCCGAUAAUUGGGUAAAUUGCUUGUAGAAUUGUUUCCAUAUCCUCAUGACAUAUCUGGCACCUUUAUAUGUGACGUCAGGUUCAGUUAUUAAGGGAAACGACCAACACAUAAGCUAGUUUUUUGACAGCUAUAUAUGUGACGUCAGGUUAAGUGAUUAAGGAAUCCGACCCACACAUUAGCUAGUUCUAUGACAGCUAUAUAUAUGUGACGUCAGGUUAAGUUAUUAAGGAACCCGACCCACACAUAAGCUAGUUCUCUGACAGAUAUAUAAACCAUAAUAUUGAAUGUUGAUGUCUGGUUACCCCAAAUUACAACUGGUAUCUUUUCAAAGGGUUUUGCUGUCGGAUUACUCAUAUGCAAACCAAAAUGACAGAAAAUGCAUUAAACACAAAGUUAUUGCAGUUAAUAUAUUUGCAUAUUUUAAACUCUAAUUGGACGCGAAGUUACCAUUUUGCAAUUUCCCAUUACCCAAAACCUUGUUUGUUAUGUUAUUGUUGAUCAAACUUUAACAUUUUCACAUAAUAUCCUUUAAAAUGAUACAAACGUAUUAUGGCGAACCUGAUACCUACAUCUACUAACAGUAGCAUAUCAUAAUCAAUUGUGCACUUGUUGAAUCGUUUUAAAGUGCAGCCAUGUUUAUGGUUAAAAAAGCUAACAACAUCUUCUUAAUUCUAUUUUAAUAAUCACAUAAAAUAUUUUCACUUCAACUCGCUAUAUUCUCACCAAACUUGCCACAGAGGUUUUUGGACAACUGAAUUCGUAUGACGGAUCGGUUCAAAUAUGCCAUUUAUAGUUUCCAUUGUUCACAGACAGCUGUCGUCUAUUUGCACACAACUCGGUCACUUAUUUUGAUCUCUUACUCUAUUAACAACAGCUUGAACAUACAAACAUACAUACGAACAACCUUAAACAUCAACAAGAUAAUCGUUUAAACAAACCGUAUUUUUAUCCGUAUAUCAAUUUUUGUUUCUUACUUCCGUUUCCGCCAUAUUUGACCAUUUGUCCCAAGCAUUAAUAUAUCAAAUAAGUUAAUGCUACUUUCAAACGAGAUUAUAUUCAUUACAUUUGAAAUUGUUUUCAUUGAUGACGUCACAAAUCUUAUGACGUCAUUGAAAUAUAGUGCUAUGUUAAGUGAUUUGUUAUCUAUAUUGACGUCAGCUCUGGUGUGUUAGUCAUUCUUGAAUUGUGUAUGUUUCUGAAUGUUUCUUGUAAAUGAUCUACAUUAUAAAUAUGUUUUCUUUCAUAUAUUUAAUUCUAUUUUCUGUUAUUAUUUUAUUUCACUUUGAUACAAAGUAUCAUCCGUGUCAAUGUUAUGUAAUGCAUGUUGAGUAAUUUCUACCAAACCAAACGAGAACUUACGCAAUAAAAUAUAGGAAACAAAA